UUGUACAGUGGUAUCUUCCGAUCACGUUGAAUCUCAGUCUCUGCCUUGCUCUCGCGUGAAUUCCAUUGGCAAUAUAAAAUUCCAUAGGAAGGACUGGAGUGUGUGCAUUUCCAAAGCUGUUUCAAAAAGGUAGAAAAUAUCUCUAAUAGAACUUUAUCUAGCCUACUAUUUGUUUACUUGAGGAUAUUGUUUAAGGGGAUAACUAGCUCGUAAAGACACCGUUCAGGUAUCAAAUGUUAGCAACAAGGCUUGUCUCCCGUGUUUCAAAGUUACGUUACAGUUUACGUUAUUAGCUAGUUGUCACUACUAGCUAAAAUUUAGCUAAAAAACCCUGCAAUUCUCCGUGACAUGGUUGCUUCUCAGCAAGUGAAAUAAAUGGAUGAGCUGUAAUCCACGUGCCUUUAUGUUGUAAUGACGGUAACGUCAAAUCUGACGCAACAUCUGGGAACUACAUGGUGUUCAGGCUAAUGGGGACUAUCCUGCGGCAGCCUGUCAGUCACCUGUUAAAGUUUGCAAUGUGUAGAUUGUUUCAAAUCUACAAAUGAGGUUGUUUUUCUGGACUGUAGCAUGCCCUGUGAAGUGAAUCCAAGGUUCGUUCUCCUGUACGGGUCUCAGAAGGGCCAAGCCCAGUCCAUAGCAGAGGGUCUAGCUGAGGAGGCCGAGGAGCACGGACUGGUAGCUGAGCUCAGCUGCUUGGAACACAAAGAAAAGUACAAUCUGGAAAAGGAGAAUGCCCCUGUGGUCUUUAUUGUGUCUACUACCGGAGAUGGGGAACCGCCAGACAAUGCCCUCCAGUUUGUAAAGUGCAUCAAGAAGAAGACCCUCCCCACUGACCAUUAUAAACACCUUUCCUAUGCACUUUUAGCUUUAGGAGACACGAAUUAUGCAAAUUUCUGCAACUGUGGAAAGAUAAUUGAGCGACGUCUACAAGAACUAGGAGCCAAACAGUUCUAUGCGACGGGAUAUGCAGAUGAUGGUGUAGGGCUGGAGGUGGUUCUGGACCCCUGGCUAGACGGACUGUGGAAAGCAAUCAAAAGUGCCUUAUCAAAAAUGGCUUCUGAUAGGACUGGCUACUUGAAUGCAGAAGCAGUAGAUUCUACAAAGGGAACUCCUGAUUCAUCUUCACCAGAUGUCCAGCUGAACCUCUUAAGCAUCACUGAUUGCCAGAACUGCGACUCAGUCGGAGGAUCCGUAGAAACGGUCUCCAAAUCUGCAUCUGCUGCUUCAGCUCCUGCUACACAGACUGCUGUUUCUGAUCACAGGCCAGAUGCUUCUGCAGGGAGCCCUGGUUUGGCAUCCCAGUCUCAUGGAGCUGCCAGUGUUACUACAUCAGCACCGGAGACUCAGACCAAGGAUGCUGGAGUUCCCUGUGUCAUACUGGCAUCAUCACUGAAAUGUUCCCUACCGCCACUGUCUGAGUCUUCUCUUAAUGUUCCUGCCCUGCCUCCUUCCUAUCUGGAUGUCUCCCUACAGGAGGUGGACACGACGGAAGAGCAGAUUAUUGGACCAUUCAACAAAGAGACUCUUCAUGAGGUUCCCAUACCCAGAGCAGUUCAGCUGACCAGAGGAGACUCAGUCAAGACGGCUCUUUUCUUAGAGCUUGACAUCUCUGCUUACCCAAUGAUGACCUAUCAGCCCGGAGAUUCGUUCGAUGUGUUCUGCCCUAACAGAGCCACCGAGGUGGAGGACAUGCUCCACAGAUUGGGCCUUUAUGACCAGAGGAACCACAGAGUAGAUAUCUAUCUAUGUAAAGACACUAAGAAAAAAGGUGCCCAGGUGCCACCCUACAUUCCCAAGAACAUUUCUCUGCUGUAUGUGCUCACAUGGUGUCUAGAGAUCAGAAGCAUUCCUAAGAAGGCUUUUCUCCGAGCGCUGGUGGAGCAUACGGGAGACAAUGUGCAGAGGAGGAGACUACAGGAGCUCUGCAGCAAACAGGGCACCGCGGACUACAACCUGUACGUGAGAGACCCGAGCCUCAGUGUUCUGGAGCUUCUCACAGCCUUCCCGUCCUGCUCGCCUCCACUCAGCCUCCUCAUAGAGCAUUUGCCGAAACUGCAGCCGAGGCCUUAUUCAGCAGCCAGCUCCUGUCUUAUGUACCCGGGAAAGCUGCAUUUCGUCUUCAACGUCGUAGAGUUACCAGCAUGCUCUGGGCGGCCUGCAGGGAGGCGAGGCUUGUGUACCGGUUGGCUGUUUGACCUCAUCAAUCCUGUCCUCCUUUUCCCAGGGAAGGAUGAAUCCUCCGGCAGAAUGGCUCUGCCAAAGAUCCAUGUGAGUUUGAGACCCAACUGCUCCUUCCGACCACCCUCUGACCUGUCGGUGCCCUUUAUAAUGGUCGGACCAGGCACAGGAGUUGCUCCCUUCAUCGGCUUCCUCCAGCAAAGAGAGAAGGAGAGGCUGGAGAACCCCGGGGCCACAUUUGGCGAGACCUGGCUGUUCUUCGGCUGUCGCCACAGGGACCAUGACUUCCUGUUCAGAGAGGAGCUGGAAGGCUUUGUGUCCAGCGGUACUCUGAGCCACCUCAAGGUGUGUUUCUCCAGAGAUGACCAGCUGGAAGAGGAGGGCAACGACUCUGCAGCACGAUGCAGAUACGUCCAACAUAACCUGCGACUCAGCAGCCAACACGUUACUGACAUCCUGCUGAAGCAGAAAGGUUGCCUCUAUGUCUGCGGAGAUGCCAAGAACAUGGCAAAAGAUGUGAACGAGACCUUGAUAGAGAUGAUCAGAACAGAGCUUCAGGUGGACCAGCUGGAGGCCAUGAAGAGACUGGCAGGGCUGAGAGAAGAGAAGCGCUACUUGCAGGACAUCUGGGGCUGACAGUGGACUGACGAGAUAAGGGCAUUUUGCAGCAUCCACUGGGCUUUUUUUUAUACACCUGAAGAAAAAAAAAUGAAUCAGCAUGCUCAGCUGUAACCUCUAGAACCAUAAAAUUGCGGAUGCUGAAUCCCAGACUUAGUUUACACCACCCAGCGCUACCAAGAUGGAAUGUACCAUGCUGACCUGGGGAUAUCGGUUCACUACAUCAUCUUGGGCUUUGCUGUUUGAACAGAAACGACCUUGGUCGGGGCAAUAGUGCCGGAGAUUGGUCCUGCCGUGUGAAAAUGCUUUUAGUGUAGACAAGCCUCCUUCCUUCGUCCUGUCUGGGGAAAAGGCAUUUACUUCCUUCGGCUGUGAUGGAGUGAUUUUGAUGAGCCUGAGAGUGGGAUAUCUCUCCAACCCAGAUGGAAACAACACAGCAGUUUGUAGUUCUUUAAACACACGCUGACUGUAAAUUGUUUUUUGUCAUUCAGGAUGAAAGAAGUAAUUUUUUUAUGAGUUAUUUGGGGUUUUGGGACAUGCCAGGCGAGCUCUAAAUGCAAACCAAAUGCACCAUCAUAUACCUCUUUAGGCAGAGCAGUGUCUUCAAAGGUCCCAUUUUAUGCUAAUUUCCAGGUUUAUAUUCUGAUUUUGAAUGUCUGUUAGAAAAUGUUUACAUUACAUUAUUCUUCUCAUACUGUCCAUUUCUACAGCACCUCUAUUCACCCCCUGUCUGAAUGCUUCGUUAUAGUUCCUGUUUCUUUAAGCCCCCCCCUUAAGAAAGCCAGAUCUGCUCUGAUUGGGCAGCUCUCACAGGCCUGAGCAGACACCAUCAAUUGUGUUUCCACUGUUUAUAGUUGUGACAUCACAACCUUACAGAAGUUGUAAUGGUUUGCCGGAAGGCACAAUUUCUGAAAACAGACUGUGUGCAUUUCUUCGUUAAUUGAGCAUUUUGACCUACUUUAUAUAGGAAAGCAAGACAGGGUAUCUAACUUAGGGACUGUCUUGGGACCUGCAAAUGAUUCAAAUAUUAAAUGACUUGAAGGAGCACAGUGUAGUUAUGGAGAAGAGAUUCAUAGUCAGAAUUUUGAUAUUUACAAUAUGAAUGAGGUCAUAAUACAAACUAGAAAUAUUAA